AUGUCAGCUCUAUCUGCUCGCGCCCAAGAAGCCAAUGGUGAGGUAGGAAGCGUGGUCGAGCAGACAGUUGGAGAUAUCAAAACAGUGGCAUCUUUCGGUGGCGAGAGCAGAGCUGCUGAAAAAUACAACAACGCCAUAGUUGCAUUUUACAAGUCUGAGGUCUACAUGGAUGCUGUCCUAGGCUGCGUGGGUGGUUUCAUUCAAUUGGUCCUCUUCUCAAGCUGUGGAUUAGCAGUCUGGUAUGGCUCAACAAUGAUAAUCAAGAAAGGAUACUCUGCUGGAAAUGUUGCGAGUGUCAUGACAAUCAUCAUGAAUGUUACACCGGCUCUCGUACAAACCCUGCCUUGCGUGAGGUCCAUGGCAUCAGGACAAGCAAUGGCCUAUCGGAUAUUCAAGACCAUCCAUAGACUGCCCAAGAUUGAUGUCGAUGACGAGAGGGGUCUGGUGCUGUCCAAACUAAGGGGUGACAUCGAGCUUUGCGGUGUCAGCUUCAGUUACCCAUCGAGGCCUGAGCACCCAGUGCUCACUGGUCUUUCGCUCCGGCUCCUCGCUGGCACUGCAACAGCUCUUGUUGGCAGGAGUGGCAGCGGCAAAUCAACUGUCAUCAGUCUGUUGCAUAGGUUCUAUGAACCUGAUUCAGGCCAGGUUGUGUUGGAUGGUGUUGAUCUGAGGCUGCUGAAGCUGAACUGGGUGAGAGCACAGAUUGGGUUGGUCAGUCAGGAGCCUGCCCUCUUCGCUAGCACCAUCAGGGAGAAUUUGUCAUAUGGCAAGAAAGAUGCUACGGAGGAGGAGAUGAGGAAAGCACUACGGCUGGCCAAUGCUAGUGGCUUCAUUGAUCAACUGCCCGAGGGACUAGACACAAGUGUUGGCGAAUAUGCAAAGCAUAUGUCUGGUGGACAGAAACAAAGGAUCGCUAUUGCAAGAGCUAUUCUGAAGGACCCCAAAAUCUUGAUCCUUGAUGAAGCGACAAGUGCCCUAGACGUGGAGUCUGAGAAGGCAGUCCUGGGAGCGCUUGAGAAGAUCAUGGUGGAAAGGACCACGAUAAUCGUGUCGCAUCGGUUGAGCACCGUGCGAAAAGCUGAUAACGUAGCGGUGCUACACCAUGGGAAGCUUGUGGAGCAUGGGACUCAUGGUGAGCUCACCAGUGAUGCCAACGGAGAAUACUCCAAGCUGAUUCGUCUCCAGGAAAAUGUACUGCAGACGGGAGAUCUCCGUGACGACAUAGUAACACAGCACCCUCAAACUACAGAGUUGGAUGACAAAUCAUCAUCAACCUGCCCUCCAAGUUCCGCAGCAGAGAAUCCCUCGGUUGACUUGUUUUCACCAUUACUAGACGAACACGAGAGAGAAGAUGAUGUUCCUGCUGAAACAAGCCUAAAGGGAUUGCUGGGACGCUUGAUCAGCAGGAGUGACGUCUUGCUCAUUGUCGUUGGAUGCGUAGCUUCGGCUGCUCGUGGCGUUUUGCUCCCUGCGUUUGGCCUGGCCAUCGCCUGUUCCAUCUCCUCGUUCAAUGAGCCACCCAGCGUGCUGCCGGAGUAUGCAACGUUCUACGCAACAAUGUUCGCGGCCCUGGGCGCUGCAUCGGUUGUUAUCUCUCCGGUGAAGCAGUGCAUUUUCGGCAUUGCAGGUGCGAGGCUUGUGCGGCAUCUGCGCUCCUACUCGUUUCAUAAGGUGGUUCACCAAGAAAUAGCCUGGUUUGAUGAUCCGCCCAACACUAGGCAGACGAUGCAUCAUCCAUCAAGCAAGUCAUCGGGGACGCCUUAG